GAAAGAGAAUUUAUAAUAUUGUGUGUGGUGUGUGGAUUGUUGUUUUUUUUUUCUUCUUCUUUUUGAAUGUAAAAUGUAAACGACGUUUGUCAAUCGUAAAUAAGUUCUGAUUGACCGAUUUUAAUUUGACGGAUUCUAUAGAGUGUUUCCUUAGUAAGCUAUCAAUUUCAAGAAGUGUUUGCUUGGAAAAGUGUAUGUCGAGUCUAAAUACUUUUUUUUAAAGGCAUCCACCGCAGUUUUUCUUCUUUUUUUUGAUUGUCGAAAAUUCUCUUUCGAAUAUGCCAAUGUUCGAAAUUGAUUCGCAAAUUGAAAGUUCCACUCUCUUCGUCCGCAGCCAUUCAUCAUUUUUUCGAUAUUUCGAUAUUUUGUUGUGCGCUUUGUGACUUUAUCAAAAUAUUUAUAAAUAUAUGUGUUCCAACCAAUAAAAUUCUGACUUAAAAAAUCAAUCCAAAUACAUUUCGAUUCAUUGAUUAUAGUGUUUUUGAUUAACACCGGCUAGCACUGUUUUUAUAAUGGAAUUCUAAACGUAAACAUUCAAAACGGGGAGAUCCAUCGAAAAAGUUAAUUUCAACAAAUAAAUUUUUUUUUAGCAUUAGACAGAGUGACUAUUGCAACAGAAGGCAUCAUUAAAACAAACAAAACCGCAGAAAUAUUCACCGAACGGAAACGACUAUUAUCCACGUAAUCCAAAACUAAUGUAUGGGAAAUGGGUUCAUUCCUAGAUAAACCAAAUACAGACAAAUGUAAUGAGAAUGGUGAAGGAAAUGAACUUCAGUACGGAGUGGCCAGUAUGCAGGGCUGGCGCUGUGAGAUGGAGGACGCCCAUUAUGCCAAAACGGGAUUAGGUGAAAAUUGGACUGACUGGAGCUACUUUGCAGUUUUCGACGGCCAUGCCGGCGUGUCGGUGUCGGCUCAUUGUGCAAAACAUUUGCUGGAUUGCAUUUUGCAAACGGAAGACUUUCAACAACAAAAUUUUAUCAAAGGAAUUCGUGAGGGUUUUCUGAAUUUGGACGAAAAUAUGCGAAAAAUCCCGGACCUGUACUAUGGUGUAGACAAGUCCGGCACAACGGCAGUCUGUGCAUUCGUCGGUAGGGAAAAUAUAUUCAUAGCAAAUUGUGGCGAUUCGAGGGCAAUUUUGUGUCGAAACGGCGAGCCGGUAUUUUCGACGCAAGACCACAAACCCAUUUUGCCGGGCGAAAAGGAACGAAUCAUGAAUGCUGGUGGAUCGGUGAUGAUUCAGCGAGUGAAUGGUAGCUUGGCUGUGAGUCGAGCACUUGGUGACUAUGAGUACAAAAAUGUGAAAGACAAGGGGCAGUGCGAGCAGUUGGUGUCACCCGAACCGGAAAUAUUUUGCUUAGAUCGAGAUCCGGCUGAUGAGUUUUUGGUAUUGGCUUGUGAUGGUAUCUGGGAUGUAAUGACCAAUGAAGAUGUGUGUCGAUACGUUCAAAACCGGCUACGUGUUACGUCUGAUUUGAAAAAAGUGACCAAUUCCGUUAUCGACACUUGUUUUUUUAAGGGAAGUCGUGACAAUAUGAGCAUUAUUAUAAUAGUGUUUCCUGGUGGACCGAAGCCGACCCAAGAAGCUAUCGAUACGGAAACGGAGCUCAACCAGCACAUCUACGAGAUCAUUCAAGAAAAUUCGCAAAACCCCGAAAACGUGAAUUUAGCACAAAUUAUUCAAACGUUAAAUAGCAGUAAUUUAGACGGCAUACCACCGGGAGGAGGAUUGGAAUCGAAGUAUCCAGAUAUAUUAAGUGCAUUUAACGAUAUAAAUCCGGGACAGAAUGAAGACCUUCAAAUCCAGGAGAUUUUCUACAUGCAGUAAUCAUUGUGGUGGUUUGUUUGUUUUUCUUUCUUCUUUUUUUUGUUUGUUUCGUUUCUUUUUUCAAUCAAUCGGACCGGUGUUGUCAACGCACCCACAAAUAAGUAAGCGAGAGAAAACAAACAGAAAUUUUACUUAAAACAAUGGGACAUAUAGAAUGGAAAAAAAAUUAAACAAAAAAAAUAUCAUCGGAAAUUUACAACAACAACAAUAUCCUCACACAGAACAUACACAGAAAGAAAGUUUAAAAAAUUAAAUUAAAAAAAAGAGAAAAAAAAAGUUGAAUAGAAAUCCUUUAGUUUAUGUAUAUUUUAAGUGUUUAAGAGAGAAGAAAAACAAAACUUUCGAAGAGAAAAAAGAACAAAAAGAAAAAGUAAAAAACUUAAAAAAAAAUGUAAAAAAAAUUGGAUAAAAAAGUAGUUGAAUGUUAACUAUUUGUAAACAUUUUUUUUUCUUUUUUCUUUUUUAUUUGAAAUCGAACUGUUACAGACGGAACAUCGUGUGAAUAAUUUGGAACAAAAAAAAAACAAAAACAAUUUCGGUUAUUUUUACAAGCAGAAGCGAUAAGCAGAACGAUCGUUUGAACAUGUUCGUUGAUUACUUUUACCAACAAAAAACUGAAACCAACACUAAGAAAUGCUGUCUUCAAAUUCAUUUUUUUU